CUACUCCCACUACAAUCCCAAUUACCCAGCAGUUUUCUCGACAUUAUUAUAUCUUCUUCUGAUCUCACAAUAAUCGCUGAAUUUGCCCAGAUUCCUCGAUCUCUGUUCACCGCCGGCCAUGUCCAAAUCAAGGGAAUCCUUCCACAGCCACGGACGCCGCGGCGGCGGGGGUGGAUGCAACCCUUGCGGCUGCUGCUGCGGCUGCCUCUUCAACUGCUUCCUCAGCUGCAUCUGCCAGAUCUUGUGCACCCUGCUCGUCAUCGCCGGCGUCGUCGCCGCCGUCCUAUGGCUCGUCUUCCGCCCCAACGCCCUCCGGUUCUACGUCGACGACGCCACCCUCACGCAGUUCGAUUACUCCGCAAGCGGCAAAACCCUCCGCUACAACCUCGCCGCGAGCAUCUCGAUUCGAAACCCUAACAAGCGGAUCGGCGUCUACUACGACACCAUCGAGGCGAGGGCGUUGUACGACAACCAGCGAUUCGACGCCGUGAAUCUGGACCCCUUCUUCCAGGGGACUAAAAACACAUCUAAUCUGCAAUCGACGUUUAAAGGCCAGAAUUCGCUACCCCUCAGAGACGAUUCAAAGUACAGUGAACAGAAGAGAAAUGGGGCUUAUGAGAUCGACUUGAAGCUGUAUCUGAAAAUCAGGCUGAAGUUCUGGUUCAUCAAAUCGAAGACAUUCAAGUGCACAAUCAAUUGUAAUCUGGAGAAGGUUCCUCUGGUCUCCAAUGGCACAUCACCUGGUAAUUUCGAAAGAACAACCUGCCAUCUUGAUUGGUAGCUGCUGUUUUCUUCAGGAUAUAUUAUUAUUCUUCAUCAGAUUCUUUAUGCUCUAGGUAAAAAAUAAACUCUGUCUUUAGUCUUUUACUGCGUUUAGAUUCAUUGGCAUUUGUUUCCCAUUUGCUGCAUUUAGGAUUGUGUUUUUCACAUAUUCCCCGUAAGGAUUUCGUCUCGACUCGGUUUUCCAGAUUGUUUCUCCAUUUCAAUUGCAGUUCACUUGUGUUUAGUGCAGUAUAUAUUGCCUAGUGUGUAAUUCCUAAAGCAAACCUAUUAUG